ACUAAAAAAGAAUCUUGACAAACCGCAUACUGUGAUUUUAACUUUUAAGGAGCAUAGCCACCCACAGGAACUAGAGCUGCCACCCUCGCAACGACGUUGAACCGCUCGACUCGCCGAUGGCCGGAAACUGCUUGCCGUCGGUGAAGCUCACCGGCAGUGGCCGCCCGGUGCUCGAACCGAACGAAAUCGAAUGCUUCUUCCUCUCCGGCGUGGACCUUCUCUGCGAAGACGAACCAAACACGAGCUUCCCCCACCUCAAAUCUGGUCUCCUCAUCCUCACCACGCACCGCCUCCUCUGGCUCCCGGACUCCGCCGCAGGCGCCGCCUCCUCCGCCGCCGCCGUCCCCCUCCCCGCCAUCUCCCAUAUUUUCUCCCACAAGAAGUCCAUCCGGUCCGUCUUCGCCUCGCCGCGGGUCCGCUUCCAGGUGUCGCUCUCGCCGGAGGGCAGGGUGGCGGCGUCGGGAUCGCGAUCGGUGGUGGCGACGGUGGUGGUGAGGGGGAAGGGGGACUGCGACGCGUUCCUGACCAAGUUUUGGGAGAAUUGGCGCGCCAGGGCGUGGGAGGAGGCGGAGAGUGGCUCGAGCUCUGGCUCAAAUGCGGCGGCGGCGGUGUCGGCAACGGCGGCAGCGUCCUCGAGCGGGAUUUAUUCGAGUGACGGGACGGUGAGGAUGGUGGGAGUGUCGGGGAUAUUGAGGAAGGAGCAGGAAAUGUGGGAGAGUACUGAUAGGAGCUUGCAGGAGGCUUUUCAGGAUUUGAAUGCUCUUAUGAGCAAGGCUAAAGAGAUGGUGGUGCUUGCCGAGAAAAUGAGGUUAAAACUUUUGUCUGGCUCAAAUUCCCAAACCAAUGCAACUAAUGAUGAGGAGCUGGGUUCAAAGGAAGAGAUGCAAGAUUGGUUAUUGAGUGUUGGUAUUAUAUCCCCUGUUACCAAAGAGUCUGCGGGUGCUUUGUAUCAUCAACAGCUUUCUCGUCAGUUGGCAGAUUUUGUUAAAGUUCCACUUGAGAGAGCUGGGGGAAUUAUCAAUCUUAUUGACAUAUAUUGUCUCUUUAAUCGUGCUCGUGGCACAGAAUUGAUCUCACCUGAUGAUUUAUUGCAAGCAUGUUCUCUGUGGGAGAAGUUUGAUGUCCCAGUGGUUCUGCGAAAGUUUGAUAGUGGAGUCAUGGUAAUACAAACUAAGUCCCAUAGUGAUGAGGAGGUUUUUGCUAAAAUCAAGAUGCUUGUUAUGAAACCUGAUACUCUUCGAGCUGGGAUAAGUGCUAGUGAUGCUGCAAGGACACUAGGGGUUGCCCCAACAAUGGCAAAGGAGCAUCUCUUGUCUGCUGAGAGCAAGGGUUUACUAUGCAGAGAUGUAAGCCCUGAUGGGUUUCGCUUUUAUAUCAACUUGUUCUCUGAAAUUGAUCGAGAUGAUAUGUGUUUAGUGAAAGAUCAGGGAAUUUAUGCCUCGUGGGUACAGGCUGACCAUACUCAUGCCUAGAGUCCCAAGCUUGUUCAAUUCAAGGUAUGCAUAAAUUUUAGCUUGAUAAGAUGAUGAUAAACAGGAGGGGUAAAAAUGUACACACAUUUGGUGUGCUUUAAUCAAUGUGAGAUUUUCAUUGUAGAGAAAGGACAUUUAACAUAAUCACUCUAUAGAAGGAUUAUAAUACCAGAAAAGAUCUCAAUGGUAAACAGGAGGGGAAAAAUGUACACACACACAGAGAUUUAGUGUGCUAGUUGAAGUUCUCAAUGGUAACCAGGAGUUGGUAAACUGGAAUGGAAACCAUCAAAUUUUCUAAUAAAGAAAGCCUAUUCCGGAACAUAAUUUUAACAUUCCGAAUUGGAAAAGGUUUAAGUGAAGGUAGUUUAGAGACUCAAAAAAUGACGGGUGUAAGAAACAAAAUGACGAUGCAAGAAGCAAAUGCUUGUGAUGAGGUAGUCGGUCAUAGUAAAUGGUCUGUCUUAUGAACGUAAAUCAUCCAUUCAUGAUCAAGAUCUUGUCCAGACAGUCCACAGCUCCUGUAAGUGUCAAGCUUGAAAUGUGUAGGCGGUUGACUUGGUCAGAUAGUUUAUUUAGCUGGACAGUAUAAAUCUUAAAUCUUUUUAAUAAAGCUAAUGACCAAAUCAUUACUUGUUAAUUA